AUGAUAAAUCAAAUAAUAAUAACUAUAAUUGAUAAUAAACUCGGCCUUUCACUCAAAAUCUGUUCUUGUGGGUCUGUAUUAGGAAACACGAACACGUUGGCUGGAAACGUGCCUCCGAAGGCUAACCUGGGGGACCUGAGAGGGCUAGCCGGGGGGUUAAACGGGCUAAACAGUUCUGUCAUGAUCGACGGUGGAGAGUUUGACGGUGCUAAGGCCUACAAAGAUAGCAAAGUGUGCAAUAUGCUGACAAUGCAGGAGUUCCAUAGAAGGUACCAUGAAGAAUCAGGAAUCACCUUCUCGUCCCUGUACCCCGGUUGUAUCGCCACAACGGGUCUUUUCAGGGAACACAUCCCGUUGUUUCGACUCCUAUUUCCGCCAUUCCAGAAGUACAUAACCAAAGGUUACGUGUCGGAAGAGGAAGCCGGAAAAAGACUCGCUCAGGUUGUAAGCGAUUCGAGCCUAACGAAAUCGGGUGUGUACUGGAGCUGGAACAAGAACUCGUCUUCAUUCGAGAAUAGCCUUAGUCAAGAAGCCAGUGACGCGGAGAAAGCUCGAAAGCUGUGGGAGGUAAGUGAAAAGUUGGUUGGUUUGGCUUAG